AUGGCUACUAAGAGGCUUGUUGUUGCCGGUGGAAGCGGUUUCUUAGGAUCUAGGAUCUGCAAAUCAGCCGCAGCGCGGGGAUGGUCGGUAGUCUCAUUAAGUCGAUCAGGCGAACCGCGGUGGGACACCGUCACUAGUUCCUCGGCGCGCCCAAGCUGGGCAAGCUCAGUCGAAUGGGCCAAGGCUGAUCUUUUGAAGCCGGAGAGCUACAAAUCGUUCCUGAGUGGUGCUACUGCCGUCGUUCACUCCAUGGGCAUUCUUCUGGAGGCCGAUUACAAGGGUGUAGUACAAGGCAGAGAGCCCAUUAUUGGUGGACUCCAGCGGGCUUUCAGCUCAUCCAAGUUGGGAAGCCAAGAUCCAUUAACCCUAAAAGAUGGCGAGGCUCUUAAGCCAAAGGAAAGGGAUGGUCAAUUGACUUAUGAGCUUAUGAACAGAGAUUCAGCUAUCGCAUUAGCUAAAGAAUCCUUGACCGAACACGUUCCAGCCUUCGUGUACAUCUCUGCUGCGGCCGGCGCGCCAGUCCUUCCGGCCCGAUACAUCACCACCAAGAGGGAGGCGGAAGACACAAUCGCCUCCACCCUUCCGGAAUUGCGGAGUAUUUUCAUUCGACCCGGUUUCAUGUUCGAUUCCAGCAGAAAGUUCACAUUGCCAAUCGCCCUAGGCGGCUUUCUCACGUCGGAGGUCAACACUUUUCUGGGAAACAAGCUUGGAUUCCUUGGCGCCAUGGCUGAAAAGCCGUUGAAAGUCGAUACCGUGGGCGAGGCUGUAGUGGAGGCUUUGGAAGACGAGUCAACAAGGGGAGCAGUAGGAACGAAGCAGAUUGAGGCAUUAGCCACAAAGGCCUGGAGGAAAGCAAUGCUAUAA